AUUUUAUACCAAUGGGGUCAAGGAGCAAGAUGUAUCACCUUGAACCUGAAAUUAAAGAACUUCUCACUAUCAACAACUUUAAGGAAGACUUCUCGACCAAUGACUUUAUAGAAGCAAUAUCAUCCACGCUUAUGGAAAGAAUGAAAAAAGAUAGUGGAAAAGUUGUACUGGAUCCAAAACCUUUUGUCCGCACUUUUGAACAAGUAUUGGAAGAACUUCAGCAAUUACGGAUACGUGUACAGCAUCAAUGUGAUGAACUCGAAUUGGGAACCCAAAAAGCUGAACAACAGUACAAGCAAAAUAUUGUCAAUAUGCAGGAUGCUUUCAAGGAUGUUUAUCAAUCUUAUGAUAGUUUGGAAACUAGAAUUGGUGAUGUUGGCAAAACAGCAGUAAGGAUUGGUGAACAAUUGGAAACAUUGGACAAACAACGCUCAAGAGCAACUGAAAGUAGGGAUGUGAUUGAAUAUUAUAUGGAAUUUCAAGAUGCUGGAUAUUCAGAACGAUUGGAUAUUUUGUAUUAUGAAAGUGGAGAUGAAGGACAAUUCAAAGCAGCCUCUCUUGCUCGAAGAUUAAAUUCUGCAGCUAAAGAAGUAAAAAAUGAUACCAAGGCACGUGUUGGAAUUGAAAAGUUUUGUGAACGUUUUGAAAAGGAAAUGUUGGAAGAAUUUGACAAGGCUUAUAGGGAAGGUGAUCCUCGUGUUAUGGCGCACUGUGCAAGAGUACUUUUUGAAUUCAAUGGUGGUUCUUCUUGUGUUCAAACAUAUGUGAAUCAACAUGAAUUUUUUAUCUCUAAUAUGCAAACAAGUGAUCUCAGUGAACGAGUAUCUUCAGAAGAUGAUGCUGCUUUAUCCAAUCCAUUUAUACCUCCGCCUGAAGUUGAUACAAGUUUGAUCAACCUUUACGAUGAAAUUCGAACUACAGUACAACGAGAAGUUGCAAUCAUAUCUGCUGUUUUUCCUCAACCGGCUCUUGUUAUUCAAGUCUUUUUACAACGUAUCUUUGCUCAAUCGAUACAAGAUCAAGUAGAAACAUUGUUAUCGCGGGCACAAAAUAUAUCCAAUCUGGCUUACCUUCGUACUUUGGCAUCAAUUCAUGCUGCAACAAAACAACUAGUGGAUAGUCUCAAGGUUUACUGUGAAAAAGCACGGGUACAAUCAACCACCAAUGAUGAUACUGGACUUGUCUCGGUGGCAUCUUCAGAAGAAACUCUGGAUCGAUGUAUGGAUGAUCUUUUUGUACCAUAUACCGAGGGCAACCGUUAUUUAUAUAAGGAAAAGGCGUGUUUGAAUGAAUUAUUUGGUGGCAUGAUCACAGAGUUUUUGAAUUUUAUGCAACAGUACAAGAAAACAUCAGCUCGAAAUCAAUCAGUCUUGACACGAACACUAAAUCAGAUUUCUGCCAGUACAACAUCCACGAUAUUAUCACCUUCCUCAUUUACUGAAUCAGAACAUCCAUCUCCUAUUAGUGCGACAUCCGCUCAUGGUCUUGAUUUUCCAAAUACUACAACAUCCGCUCAACAAAUGCAAUCCAAUUUAAUCAAAGUCGAUGACAGUGGAUUUUAUCUUAUUUCUCCUGAAGCCAUCCUCCGCAUUAUUCAAAUCCAUUCUGAAGCCAUCUUACGAUGUGUAGAAUUGAUGAAUGCUCAGGAAUUAUCAAUGUCUGUGAAGCAAUUGUAUGAUAUUUUAUUGGAUUUUGUUGGAUCAAAAUACUUGGAUAUUGUCUUGGAUGAAAUCUACGAUGAAUUAGGUGGCAAAACGGAACCUGAUCUUGUAUGCUUCCCAGUGAUAUCAGCAUCCACAAAUAUCAGUCAAUUAUUACAGCGUCAUUUCCAAACUGCAGUGGUACCACUUGUUAUUGGAACACCGUCGGUUCAUCGUGAUAGUCUUGUCAACAAAAAUAAAUUUUUAUCUACAUUGGAAACCAAAGUUAACUCUGUUGUGACCCGAAGUAUUGAAGCUAUUACUUACUGGUUGAAUGAAACCUUGGCAAAACAAAAGAAAAAUGACUUUAGACCAAAGGACGAAGAAGUGGUGAUGAUGAGCAACGGUACUAUGCCAUGUGUUUAUAGCGUAGAAUUCCUGACCAAGAUCUACCGAGCAGCAAUUAAAACGUUACAAGGCAAAAAUCUGGAAUCUUAUCUUUUAAACGUGGGUAGUGAAUUUCAUUCGUUAUUGGUGGAACACUUCAAAAAGUAUUAUGUUACUCCUACUGGAGGACUUUUGGUGACCAAGGAUAUUGCCAAAUAUCAAGAAGUGAUUAUGAUGUUCAAGAUACCUACAUUGAAUGAUCGAUUUGAAAUGUUACGACAACUUGGAAAUAUUUUUGUGGUCAAACCAGAAAUCUUACGAUCUAUAUUAUCUGAAGGAUAUCUCGCUCGAUUGGAACCUAAUGUUUUAUAUCCUUACUUGGAGAAACGUGCUGAUUUCAAGACAGCCAGGUUGGAUCGUAUUUUAGGUAUAUCGGUGGAUGAAAAUGGAUCGACGGGAUCAACUAGUCAUACCAAUCAACGGGAACAAAGGACAAAUCAACGAAGAUCACUGUUUGUGAAUGAUAACAGAGUACUUAGAGAAAUGAUGAAUACUUAUUCUAACAAAAAUGACUUUUUAUCUUCUUUCCAUUUGACUUGAUAUUUAGUAUAGUUUAGUGAAAUAAAAAUUAUAUAUAUAGUUUAGUCUAGUUUAGUUUAGUUUAGUUUAGUUUUCUCCUUUUUUUUUUUGAUAUAU